AUGUCUGUCUUCAUAUUACUUUCUUUCGCGGUUUUCAUCUCUCAUGCCUUGGGAGCAUGUUCAUCAGUUGAAGUCCGCAAAGAAUGGCGAACUUUCACUUCGGAUGAAAAAACAGAUUGGAUAACUGCUGUCAAGUGCAUGGCUAAACUUCCCCACAACGACUCCUUAGUGGCCACAGUUGGAGAGUUUGCUGCGGUUGCCAACAUAACUUCAGACAGUUCCUAUUACGAUGACUACUCCUACGUUCAUUCUGAUUUGAACCCAACUAUCCACUUUACUGGACUCUUCUUCCCAUUCCAUCGAUAUUUUGUGUGGUCCUACACUCAAGCAUUGAAGAAUGAUUGCGGCUAUACAGGUGUAGCGCCUUACUGGGACUGGACUUUGGAUUCAGCAAACGUCCUGGACGCAACAAUCUGGUCAGAUGACCCUUCCUCCGGACUCGGCCAAGCCCUCGGGGUCUCAACCAACGACUUUGUCGUUUCAACCGGUGGCUUUUCCACCGAUUUCACACUUGCCUACCCCUCCGCCCACGGCCUCCGCAGAAAUUACACCCUGCGACCCUGGACCGCCUUCGCCGCACUAACAGCCUAUUUCCCUCUUCCCGAGCUCGAAGCAAACUCUACCUUCACCCCUACAGCCAUCGACGCUAUAAUAUCAAAUUACACAGGAAAUUUCAAGGGGUUCCAAACGGCGGUGGAGUACUUCGAGGGUCCGCAUGCUGCUGUCCAUGAGAUUGUGGGUGGUGAUCUGGGAGGAUACUGUCCCAAGGACGCAAAUGAGGAAUGUUUUGAGGCGGAGCCGAGUCCGACGUUUUCUGCUAAUGAGCCGAUGUUUUGGUUACAUCAUGCUAUGGUCGAUCGCCUGUGGUGGCUGUGGCAGAAUGCCAAUUCAGCUAACUUAUAUGCUUUCGAGGGCGGAAGUGUGCAGAAUUUGAGUUACUACUCGGAAUACCCGAAUGGGAGCCCGCCAUGGUUGAGCAUGGACUCCGUGCUUCCUAAUGAUGGGAUCUUGCUGCCUGCUCAGACUACAUUGGGAGAUGUCUGGAUCACGGAAGGAGAUUUUCUUUGUUAUACUUAUGAUAGUUGA